AUGCCUGAAGUCGGUAGGCCAAGCUCACCACUGAUACGGUCGCUGUCGCCGCAGGACUACGUGAAGAAGAAGCAACAGAACAAGAAGGCGGGUUUCAAGUAUGGCGAGGAGGGCGGCGGAUACGAGCUGGAGGGCGGUGGGUCGGAGGCGACGCUACUGCAGGACCUGGACAUGCUCCUGCACCGGAAGUUACAGCUCAACAACUUGACGUUCGAAGGGUCGCCGGAGGCCGCUAACAAUGCAAGCGCGGUGGAGGAGGACGAAGAAUUCACGAACGUGGAUGAGAUUGACGGGCCGAUCUCGCCAUCCGCGUGCAAGGCGGUGGAGCUCCCCGGCGCGGCGCCGGUGUGCCUGUCGCCAAUCGGGCCGAAGGCCAUGCGCAGCGAGCCACCGGAACCCGAGGACGCCAACAUGCCGGUGGACGCGGAGUACAAGGAGCAGCUCGAUCGGCGGGCCGAGGAGAUAUCCGCGGGGCUGACGUUCCAUGCGAUGUCGAAGCCCACGCUCGACUGGUCGCUGCGGGCGUUCUACGGGCUUGGCGACGAAUUGAGCGAGUGGUUUGACCUGAAGGACUACCUGCUGUUGCAGCAGGCCGAGUCUGUGUUCAAGAAGCGGUUUGACCCGUCGCUCUUUGCGCGCGAGGCUCCCUACCAGACGCAAUGCGUGGCCCAGCUUCGGCACGAGCUCGCGAGCGACAGCCUUGCCGCUACAACGCUACAGGCAUUGUGCUACAUUGCCUUUGGCACCCCGAGCGAGGCGACCAGUGUGGAGGCCCACUUGGCCAGUAUACGAUGUAAUUGCCGCCUGCUUGCCCUGGAAAUGCUCUCCACAAUAUUGGCGACGUUCAAGCGGCACGCGGUACUAUGCCGGGAUGAAGAGACUAAUUUGGCUGCGUACAACGCCCUCUUUCUACAGUCCUCCACACUUCUUUACGUCAUAACAUGUGUUUGUUUGGACAUGCGUGACUCCGACGAAGAGCUGGUCGACAAGGUCGUGGCGUCUGUCCAUGAAGCAGAGCUUGUCGAAUUCAUCACGAAAUAUAUUGAGCGCUGGCGUUGGCAUAGCAGACUCUGUAUGCGAAUCCGAAGUAUGAUUAUGUUGUUGUUCAAGUUGCUAACGUUGCAAUUUGGAGAUGAGUCGCAUUACCGCAUGACUAAAGCAUACAUUAAUGACCUACAUGGUAUAAAAACCUACGAUAGCGAGCCAGAAAAAUUGACGGUUUCUCCACUUGACUAUGAGGCCUUCCGCAUUGACAUCAAGGCGCGCUUUCCCGUAGUCGAGGGGUUGAACUCCAAAAUACCUAAGCAUUUUGACAAUCGCAACUCUCUGUCCCAGUUCCUCGAAAUUCCAAGGCCUAAGGCACACACCGCCUUAAAAAUGACACUACCCGAGCCGCAACUGCACAUUGCGACCCCGGCUCCUUCUCCUCCGGGAUCUCCUGUGUCGCCUUAUACACCAAAGGCUCGCAAGUCUUUCCAGACAAAUCUAUGCUACCCUUCACUAUAUCCUUCUGAUGAUGAAGGCAAUACUGACGAUCUGGAUAGCAGAAUGCAACUCUUAAACGAACCAGAUAAUGAUAACAUAAUCCCCUAUAAUAUCCAAGAGGCCAUAGAUAUUCUAUCAAAAAACGUUGAGGUCAAGCUCUCGGUGAAACAAAUGUGGCACGAGCGCAGUCUCUUUAUGAUGCAGGAGCGUGGUUGGAAAGAACCAGAAAAGCCGCCCGUAGAUCCAUACGACUACUAUCAGGUCGCAGACAGUUCCCCGUGCAUCAGGACCAUGCGCCACGUCGAAAGCUACUACAGGAACUGUCUCCCCAGCCUCAAUUCGUUGGUUUAUGUUCUUUUACAAACGAUAGAGUCAAACUUGAGCAACCACGAAUACUUCCUCAAGGAUUUCCCCAAAGAUAUGUCGGCGGAGGUGUUGACACCGCAGUUGGAAAUCAGCAGGGCCAAAGAAAUCCUCUUGCGGUCUUCUAGCGGCAUCCUAUUCACUUUACUCCGCUGGUUCAAGCUGAGCCACAUUUUAAAAUUCGAAUAUCUUGCGUCCCUGAUAUACGAUUCAAAAUUCAGCGACAUUUUCAUUCCGUUGUUUUCCAAAUUCACCUUCAACUACACCGAGAGGAUUUAUAAGAAAACUGUCGCAGUGAACCACUCCUUCCUUGAAGAAUGCAGCAAAAGCAACACCUCGUACCAAACCUCCUACGGCAAGCUCCUCGUCGAGGACGGCGGCCAGGAAGAACAGAUAAACAUCCGCAUGAUAUCCUCCGAGGUGUACAUGCUCGAGAUCCUCUCUAGGGUGAUCGGCAAGAAAACUUAUAGAUUAAAAGAGUUGCCCCUAGGCAUUGGUACGCUUUUCAAUAAGCUCUACCAGAUAUUCAACCUGGAUAUCUACCACCCCAUUCUACGCAUUGUACGCGAGCUCACGCCCUUCAAGAAUAAGCGCUGGAAGUCCGAACACGUGGAGCUCAUCUCAGGCGUCUACCUCUAUGAGAAGCUCUCGCUAGCGGACAACUGGGUCACUGGAAAGGAUAUCUCCGGCGAAAUGCAUGAUGCCUAUGGACAUGAAAUUGCUUUACGGGCAAUGCUACAAUUCUAUAACUUCACUCACUACAAGCAGCCCAUGGAGCAGUGUGGUUACACUGAGAAACCAAACAAGUCUUUUUUCAGCAAGGAGUCAGAGAUACUGACCUCUAACUAUUGA